UUUCCAUUUCCGCACCCCUUUUCCACCUCUCCAACUCUCUACUUCUUUCGGACAUUUCAUCGAACAUGUUGCGUGCACCCAGUUCGAGAGCAUCAAUCGCAAUCAUUUUUGCCCUCAUCUCUAUUCUCCCAUGGCCGACACACUCCGCCAAAAUGAGCUAUGUCCAAGAAGCCUGCAGCGUAACACAACACCAAGAUCUCUGUAUCCAAUCGCUGUCGCCAUUUUCAAGCAGCGCCAAGCGAAGCCCCACGAAAUGGGCGCAAGCGGGCGUGUCGGUGACAAUAUCAGAGGCUAAAACCGUGGCGCGAUUCCUGGGGAGGGUGAAGAACGGCAAGCGGCUCAUGGGGAGAAACAGGGCCGCAGUUUCCGACUGUGUGGAGGUCUGCGAAGCCGCCAUUGCUGAGCUCCACAGGUCGCUUGGGGUUCUUAGAAGACUGGGUAAGAGGAAUUUGGACGCCCAAAUGGGAGAUCUCACUACGUGGGUUAGCGCAGCGCUGACCAAUGAAGAUACUUGCGUGGAUGGAUUUCGAGGGAAAAGUGGAAAAGUAGUGAAUUUGAUAAGGACUGGCGUGGUGAAGGCUGGUUAUAUUACAAGUAAUGCACUCGCCUUGAUUUCCAAACUGGCUGCCUCGGGCUUCCGAACUGCCCCAAAACAGUAAGAGAUGACGGUACCCAUUAAAGAUUAAAUAUAAAUACAAAAUGUAUUCCUACCCUAAAAAGAAAUAAAUGAGAUUAAUGUUAUAUAACUAUAUACGAAUAAAUAUUGGGCUUAUAUAUUGGAGGGGUGCGCCAGGCCCAACUG